UUAAACUCUUAUGACACCAAAACCAUCCGAAGAAGGCAGAAUUGUACGCAUUGUCUUUCUUGCCCUACUAUUGGAUUUACUUUCUUUUACUAUUAUCCUUCCGCUUUUUCCUAGACUUUUGAACUUUUAUCAAUUUCAUGACACACAUCAAAAUUCAAUUCUUCAAUAUUUAUUACGUUGGUUACAUGACUACAAACUCUGGUUGAAUAAAGAAAACGAUGUUAAAUGGGAUACAGUCAUUUUAGGUGGAUUUAUUGGCUCACUGUUCUCAUUACUGCAGUUUAUGGUAUCUCCUUGGAUUGGUUUUACAAGUGACAAAUAUGGACGUCGUAAAGUAUUAUUAUGGACCAUGAUCAGCAAUAUGCUAUCUACCGCCAUUUGGCUGAUUGCUCAAUCAUUUCAUCUCUUUUUGGCUGCUCGUAUUUUGGCUGGACUCAGUGAAGGCAACGUACAACUCAGUAUUGCUAUUAUAUCAGAUAUCACUUCAACUGAACAUCGAUCAAAAAAUAUGGCAUUAGUGGGCAUUGCGUUUGCUACGGCGUUUACAUUUGGACCUCCUUUAGGUGCAUGGUUUGCUUCGAUAGAUAUCUCACAAACUUGGCUUGUUGAUUGGAUCCCUGGAUUGUACCCUUAUUCUAUGGCUGCUUUGGUGGGAUUGAUUCUUCUUGUCAUUGAAACCAUUUAUUUGUACGUAUCACUCCCAGAAACGGCAUUUCGGACAACAACACAGUCAGUAUCAUCAACACAAUACAAACAACAACAAAAACAACAGCAGCAACAACACGAACAUAUUCGAAAACUCAAUUUACUUCAAUGUCUCUUCUCAUUUUUAUUCUCGGGUAUGGAAUUUACGUUGGUAUUUUUGACAUUUGACAUACUGGAUUAUAGUCAUAUGCAACAAGGGAAACUUCUUGGAUAUAUGGGUAUUCUUUCAGCAGUGAUUCAAGGCGGAUAUGUACGACGACGAGGACAAAUAAUAGGCGAACGUCGAUUGAUAUUACAAGGCAUGAUAUCUGGGGUCAUGGGUCUAGGAUGUUUGGCUGUGGUUGGCAUGGGUAUUGAAUCAUUCAACACGACUUGGAUGGUACCAUUAUGGCUUUAUGGCGGUGUUGCAUGUUUAGCAAUGACUAGUGGGACGGUGGUGAAUAGCUUGACGAGUCUAGUUAGUGUACAAUGUGAAGAUCAUGGCAAGGACAAGGGAAAAACUUUAGGUGUAUUCCGUAGCUUUGGUCAAUUGGGUCGUGCAUGUGGUCCUCUUUCAGCUUGUACUCUUUAUUGGUUGGUAGGUCCUUCCUGGUGUUAUGGUUUUGGCUCCAUGGCUAUGUUUUGUCUUUUACUCUUAUCUAUAGGCAUUCUUCCCCACUCUCCUACUGCGAUCAAAAUCGAUUGAUCUAUUGUUUAUCUUUUAUUAUAGUCAUAUAUCAUCAUCUUUUUUUUUUUUUGUAUAUAUUCAUUGUUAUAUUACCAUAUCUAUAUUUUACCUCCCACCUCUCUC